UUCAUUCAGAACAUUUCCUUUGACUACAAUCUAAAAUUAGACCUACAAAUUUUCCAUAUUUUGGCAGAGGCGAUAUUUAUUAACUGUAUAAUCCAGGUUCAGUUUGUUAAUUGUAAAAAAUAUGGAUUACUUUGAGAAUGCACAAAUUGGUGGUUAUCGUAUUGAAAUGCCGUUUCCCCAGCUUUUUUAUCCCGAGAUGAAUUCCGUAAAUAAAAGCUUUGAUCAAACUGCCAUGUCAAAUAUGAACAAUUGCGGGAUCCAAAGCGAUUUUUAUGAUAACGGCGUCAAAUCGGAUAUAGACCAUCUACAAGGGGACGGGUGUAACAUGAACUACCAUCAGCGGCACGUCACAAACAACCCUUUUUCCUAUCGCUGCACAGAACGCCAAAGUCGAAGAGCUCGGGAGAUGCGAGCCCGCAACGGCCUGUAUUAUCACAGUACCCCGAACGAUGGUUGCGAUAAGCGGAGCGAGUAUCCACAAUAUGCUGGAGAUCCCAUGGGUCAGUCGAUUACAGUCAACUCAUUGUGGCAGUAAUGGAUAUAAAAAGACAACUAAGUGUUAUAUAUAUACAUAUGCAUUUAUAUAGCUAUGCUGCGUAUUGCUUCUAAGAUAUUUUUGUAGUAACGGUGGUCUUCGCUUAUAAAAUGUUUUGUUAUGGCGAAAACUCCACUAUACUUGCUCACCAGAAGAGUGAAUGGAUCAUGUGAAUAGUAUCAAAAUUCUGAACGCAUUUCUCUUAUUAACGCCAAAAUUGUCAAAAAAAAAAAUUUUU